CAGAGUGGGCGUUGGGCCUAAUCCCAACAGUAACCGACGACGAUAUGGAGGAGCUGAAAGGCUGUAUCGAUCUUGGAUUCGGUUUUGCCCCUGAUUCGCCCAAUCUCGAACCGAGAUUAUCCAACACUUUACCGGCUCUGGAGUUUUACUGGGCCGUCAAUCGCCAAUUCACCGGCAGAUUGUCGAGAUCUUCUUCAUUGUCUUCGAUUGGCUGCGAGUCCGGAAGCAGCACCAGCACAAUUUUCGAACAAGGUGAUGAUCCAAAGGUGGUGAAGAUGAGGCUGAGGCAAUGGGCACAGGUGGUGGCUUGCUCGGUGCAGCAGUUUUCCAGUGGACCAAAUGAUUUUCGGUGAUUUUGGCGUUGUUUUGUACAAAAUCCACAGUUUGCAGCGCCGGAUUAUUUGAUUGUAUUCUUUACUUUUUAAACUAACCAAACAGCUAAUUUGGUUUUGUUUUU